AUGGCCGGAGUUAAGACUUUCGAAUUACGUACUAAAUCUAAGGAACAAUUAGAAAAACAAUUAGUUGAAUUAAAGCAAGAUUUAGCUAACUUGAAGGUUCAAAAAUUGCAAAAACCAUCUUUACCAAGAAUCCACACUGUUAGAAAGAACAUUGCUCGUGUUUUAACUGUUAUCAACUUGAACCAAAGAGACAAUGUCAGAGCUUUCUACGCUGGUAAGAAGUACCAACCAAAGGAUUUAAGAGCUAAGAAGACUAGAGCUAUCAGAAGACAAUUAACCAAGUUCGAAGCUAAACAAAUCACCGAUAAAGCUAGAAAACAAAAGAUUGCCUUCCCACAAAGAAGAUUUGCUAUUAAGGCUUAA